UCCACAUGCACUGGGGUUUGAGCGCCCACUCCCUCCAUUCUAACUUAGUGCUCCUGCGUAAAGGUUCUCUUUCAAGUAGCAAGAUGGCAAUGAAGUUGGCAUACUGGGAUAUACGCGGGCUUGCUCAACCAAUCCGUCUGCUGUUGGAAUACACUGGUACCAAGUAUGAGGAGAAGUUGUAUUCUUGUGGUGAGGGUCCCAGCUAUGACAGAAGCUGUUGGCUUAAUGAUAAAGACAAACUUGGUCUGGCUUUUCCUAAUCUGCCUUACCUAGAGGACGGAGACACGAAAGUAGUCCAAAGCAAUGCCAUAUUGAGAUACAUCGCCCGCAAACACAACCUCUGCGGGGAAACUGAAGAAGAGCAGACGAGAGUUGACAUCUUGGAAAACCAGGCGGUGGACUUACGCAAUGGUUUUGCCCAACUCUGCUAUGGAGACUUUGACAAAAACAAAUCAUGCUACACUGAGAAACUGCCAGGAACUCUAAAGCUGUUCUCUGACUUCCUUGGUGACAGGAAGUGGUUUGCUGGGGACAAGAUCACUUUUGUGGACUUCAUCAUGUUUGAGUUGUUGGAUUUGCAUCGUAUGUUACACCCCGAGUGCCUGGAUGACUACAGAAACCUGAGAUCUUUUCUGGAUCACUUUGAGAGUCUUGAGAAGAUUGCAGAAUACAUGAAGUCGGACAGGUUCAUUAAAACACCUGUGAACAACAAGAUGGCCAAAUGGGGAAACAAGAAAGAGUGAAAAAGACAAGAUUGUGUCUUUAUUUUUUGUAACCAUCCCAUUAAUCAAAGCAUUAGUGAUAUUUACAUCCUAAUGAUACAGCUGUUACAUUAGAUAUAUUUUACUGUUCAGAUUUUCAACUUUUAAACUGUAAAAAAGCAUGACCUUAUUUUUACUCAAUAAAGCAGAGCUCUCUUGUGUUCA